UUCAUCUAAUUGCUGCCCGAAGUCAUUCUCUUUUUGAAGUCAUUCUGAGUAAACUGCUAUUCACUGACACGGUGAGCUACCAUCUCUACCCCUCACUCUUCACUUGAUUCCUUUCCUAUUAAUCAAUUCAAUCUUCUCUCACAAAACACAACACACAGUUACAAUUUCCAAUUCCAUUUCUUAAAAACACAAAAAUCUUAUAUAUUUAUAAAUCAUAAGCCAAUAACACUCACUCACCAAUCGAAGACACCAAACCUGGUGGCGCAGCCAAAAGCAGAGAGGUGAAGUUCAACAAACCACUUCACCUCUCCCACCACCACCACCACCACCACCACCACCAUAAUGGGUCAGGGUCUCAGUUGCAGAGGCAACCAUGACCAUGGUCUCUUCACUGCUGUGCAACAAGGUGACCUUCAAAUUGUUACAGCUCUCUUGGAACAAGACCCAACUCUCUUCCACCAAACCACUCUCUAUGAUCGCCACUCUGCUCUUCAUAUUGCUGCUGCCAAUGGCCAGAUCGAGAUUCUUUCAAGGCUUUUAGAUGGAUCUGUUAACCCAGAUAUUUUGAAUCGCCAGAAGCAGACUCCGCUUAUGUUGGCAGCAAUGCACGGAAGGGUUGCCUGUGUGGAGAAGCUCCUUGAAGCGGGUGCUAAUGUGUUGAUGUUUGAUACCCUAAACGGAAGAACCUGCUUACAUUAUGCAGCCUACUAUGGCCAUUCUUCUUGCCUCAAGGCAAUUCUCUCUGCCGCUAAAUCUAGUUCGGUGGCUGUUUCUUGGGGAUUUGUUCGGUUUGUGAAUAUUAGAGAUGGAAAGGGCGCAACGCCUUUACAUUUGGCAGCUCGCCAAAGACGGCCAGAAUGUGUGCAUAUUUUACUGGACAGUGGAGCUCUUGUUUGUGCUGCAACCGGUGGAUAUGGGUGUCCUGGGAGCACUCCCCUUCAUCUAGCUGCUAGAGGAGGAUCUCUGGAUUGCAUUCGUGAACUGUUGGCAUGGGGUGCGGAUCGUCUUCAACGCGAUGCAUCUGGGCGGAUACCGUAUAUGGUUGCUCUGAAACACAAACAUGGAGCAGCAUGUGUGUCCUUGCUAAACCCUGCGUCGGCAGAGCCUCUUGUCUGGCCAUCUCCAUUGAAGUUCAUUAGUGAGCUUAAUCUGGAAGCCAAAGCUUUAUUAGAACAGGCCCUAAUGGACUCAAACAAAGAAAGGGAGAAAAACAUAUUGAAAGGGAGUGCUUACACUCUUCCAUCUCCAUCACAUUCUGAUGGGGUAGAUGACAAUAUCUCUGAGAUUAGUGAGUCUGAAUUGUGCUGCAUCUGCUUUGAGCAAGUUUGCACAAUUGAAGUUCAGAGCUGUGGUCACCAAAUGUGUGCACAAUGCACACUAGCCCUAUGUUGCCACAACAAGCCUAACCCUGCCACUGCGUGUAUUAACCCCCCAGUUUGUCCAUUUUGCCGAAGCGCCAUAGCGAGACUGGUGGUUGUGAAGGUAGAAAGCGCUUAUUAUGAUGAAGGUGAUCAAGAUAAUAACGUUGAUAUGAUGAAUUGUUCCAAGAUUAGCAAGUCAAGGAAACCGAGAAACAUGAAUGACUGUGGUGGUAGUAGCAGCUUCAAGGGAUUAACAUUCGGGAAAUUGGGCGGCCGAAGCUCUGGAAGGAUUGCUGCAGAGUGGGUGGAUAAAUUAGAGUGAUGGAUUAAUCCUGCUUGUUAAUCAAUGAUUCCAUGUUGGUAAAGCACGGUAAGUAAGUGCUUAAUGGCCAAGGCAAAAUCAAAGUUAAAAAGUGGAGGAAUAGGAAUAUUGUGUAAUUUUGAGAAAUAAGCAAAGGGAUCAAGUUGAAGUGAAGUUCAAGUGUUGGUGGGGUGAAAAGAGGAGGGGAUGUUGCGAUGUUGUUGUAGCAUAUUAUUAUUACUUGAGAUUGAAGAAGCUAGCAUCACCUCAUGUGUAGAUGAUUUUGGGCAACCCUCAAUAAUAAAUAUUCUUGUACGUAAGUUAGUAAAGUGAGGAAUAAUUUCUCUCUAAUGUGCAUAAGUCAAUGUCAUGGGAAAAAUGUAUUGCUUAAUUAUUUGCAUCUGGUUUAUUUGUUUGUAACUUUGUACUGAUAUACGAUGUGAGCAAUAAAUACAAAAGCGAAAGACAGGGCUUGCUGUUGCUUGUCA